AUGGAGCACGUGCUCUUCCGUGCGAAGCGGAAGGGACGAUCAUGCAAGUACGGAGUCCUCGCUUGUUUGCUCGCUGUAGGUGGACGGCCUUCUCAGAGACUUUUUGAUCAGAUUGGGCAGAUGGCAUUCUGCGGGAAGACAAGUUUCCUUGCUAGCUUCCAGCUGCGCCAUUCCAUGCGCUCUGAGGCGUCGCAUGAGGCGUCCCUUGGUCUCGCAGCUUUGGGCGGUCCAGUGACUAUGGCACCGCCUCCAGCAAUACCAACAGCCACCUCAGAGCCAUCUUGGACGGAAUGCUUUCUCCAAGCACAAGGGGACUCGACACAAGAGACCUUGGAAAGCGAGGUCUGGCUUUUCCGCAGCGAUACCAGCGCAGGUUUCGAGAAGUUCCUGAAGCACCGUCACUUCGGAGGAGAUUCCGGAGGAGAUACGGCAACCUGCCGGAGUGUGAAUCCUGACAGUCGCAUCCAGUGCUUGGAAUGUACACGUGUUAUUUUCGGUGGCGUUUAUGGGUCGAUUGGUGUUGUUGUGCCAGCCUAUCCACCGGAGAGUCACGCCGUUGGCUGCCUUUCCAGGAAUCGCAUUGUGGAGGCGGACUUCGACGACGAUGACAACUAUGACGGAAAUCCUACUCGAGAGGUUGCUUUGUGCAAUUCCCACCGUGGGCACCUGGAUGCCCUGCCAGUCAAAAGGGCGCAAAAGAAGAGACUAACGGAUAGCAUCGCCAAACAGGAACUGCUGGCAGUUCUGGGGUCUUUCGCUUCCGACCACUUCCUUGCCUGCAAGUGCUAUCGCAUGUCCCUGAUAUUGGUUGACAAUGGUAUGCGCUAUCUCGGCGCUGGCAAACUCUCAGUGUCUGUGGCCUGGUCUACCAUGGACACCACAGGUGUUCCUCCUCUACUUGUGUGUUCUUUGGCUGCUGUGCGCAGCUUUUGCGGAAGUUGUUGCAGAGCCGCUCAGCAGCAAAAUGAAGCGGGCGAGCUCAUGCUGGGUCACCUGGCGGCAGACAGCCAUGGCAGUUCCGUCUGCAGCAUGCUUCAGUCUGAAUGUUGCGAAGAGCGGCAGCAGCAGUAUGAGCAAGUGGAGCUCCUGCUCUGCCUCUGCUACAGAGCAUGGCCCUCAGCGGUCCAAGACUUCCUGGAACCUUGCCAAGGCUACACUAUGCGAACAGAGGAUGGAGAUGUGGAGCUGCAGAUGGCAAAGGCUUCAUCGUAUGCAAGAGCAUUGACAGCUCGGUUGCAGCGAUGGGACAAUUUGUCAGCAAACUUGUCUGAACAGUACCAUACCCGGAUUGAGCUGCUGAGCAAUGUGCUAGCGGAUGCCAAAUUACAGUCCAAAUUCGCAGAAGCAGAUUCAGCAGGAGACGCUCCAGCGACGGAAGCUGCAGCGGAAGCUCCAGCACAGACGGAGCCAUUUCCCGAGAAAGCAGCUGAGACACUGGAUGAGCUGAAUGAGGUGCCUGUUUGUGAGACUCCGGGCCUUCCUUCGAAGUCCAAGGCUGACAGUCGGCCACUCCCUGCACCCCAAAGUGUGCAGACACUGCCGUGGCGCGCAGGUGAACCACAAUUUUGCAUUCGUGCACCCUUUGUACUUGCGGCAUGUGCCGAAAUCUGCCAUCAUUUCGUUGUACUUGCUCAAUUGCUGUCAGGACGUGCCUCCUUGAGCAGGCCAGCAGCCACCGGCCAGCAGCUUGGUGAAUUCGUUGGACUCAUGACCGCUCGGAAUGACAGGUUCUCGGAGGCGGGAAACGCUGCCCGAAGCAGCCUGGAGUCGGACAUGGUAGAUCUUGCAGAGGGCAUGAAAGGUGCUGCAAACACAUUCUUGAAGACCUUGCAAAAAGACAACAAGCGUCUGGAGGAGAUGCAGUCGGCACAGCAGCGGAGUUUGGACAAUGUGUCCUCACACUCAGAGAAGGGCAAGAAGAUGCUCCGCUCUGGCCAAAUGAGCUUCCUAUGCACAAUGCUCUUGGUAGGACUUAGCGCACGGGUCUUAGACGUCCUGAACAGGAGCACUCCGCUGAUCUCGAUGAGAUGUGGUUUGGUGAAGAUACUUCUUGGAGUUGCUGCCGCCGACACAAGCCUUAGCCCACUGGCCAGUCACGCGUCCAGUGAGACUGGAUUGGAGUUGUUGGCGACCAGUGUCGUGAAUCGUCGGAUUCAUAGCGUUCAAAGUGAGACCGAUGAUGGCCAACUUCAUCAGCUUCAGUCACACUCGGCCGGGGCUGGCCACUUGCAGAACGUUUCGGCCAUAGAAGGUGCUGGUGACGCGCUAACUCGAGGAGCAUUCGCCGCGCAGGAAUCAGAUGCACAACCGCCCACGGCAGAGUCGCAGUGGAGUGUGAAGACCAUUGCGCCACCCAGCCAGACUUGUCCGACGUGCUGCCGAGGUACUUUCGUUGAGUCGUGUCCCAGCCAGGCGCCGAGCGACCCUUGUGCUGGUCAGUUGGUGUGCUCAGGUUACCACAGGUGCUUGGGUGCUGCGAGUGGGUUUCUGCAAUGCCAGCCCAAGCCCGGCUCAGAGGUUGUGUGCCACACAGGGCCGAACUGUUUGCCUGAGUGCAUCGGGAGACAGAUCGGCAAAGAUGGCGACGACUGUGCUCUGCAGUCUGUGACAGAUUGCGAGGGAAACUACGUCCGUCGAGCAUCACGAGCCACUCAAUGCAGAGUGAGCCGAGGCGGCAAUCCCAGUGGAAGAGACAUUUGUGAGAACGCCUUCCUUUGUGGGACUUGA